AUGGGUAAUUGUCCAGCUGCCUUCUUUAUUGCGCAGGCCGUAGGCUUGAGCGGCGCUGCUUGGCUUUCUGGCAACAUCGCUGCUUACAGCCUCAACGUCUGUCCAGCCCUCUUUAGCUCCGCCCAAGAGAACAACCUCGCCCCCAGCACCGUUGCAAAGAUAUGGCGAAAUGUAUACAAUCUGGGCUACGCGCAGAACCCACCCGUUAGCAUGGUUACGGCCGCCGCAUUCUUUUAUCUGUCUUGGGCCACCCGUUCUGGAACAGCGAUGCUCCAUGAGAAAACAGGAUGCACAGCGUCACUGUACUCUUCCGCCGGUAUUCUCACGUUGCUCAUAAUCCCGUACACCUUUACGGUCAUGGCCGGGACGAAUAAUGGGCUAAUCGAACAGUCGAAGCUGGUCGAGUCGGAACCCGUGGCUAAGAUGAUGGGAGCGAAUAGUGAGACGGAGCGUCUGAUGCGGAAGUGGGUUGUGCUCAAUGGAGUGCGAGGUCUCAUUCCCUUGUCAGGCUUUGUGGUGGGGCUUUAUGCAGCUCUGGGAAGGCCGUUUCGCUAG